AUGGAUCAAAUUGAUGAAAUACGCAUUGAAGAUGAAUUUAAAGCACGAACACUUGUCUCAACAUUAACAUCAAAUGAACGGAAACUUCUUCAAGCUGCCCUUGGUAAUCUCGAAAAGCAACUUCUACCGAAUAUAUCAAGCGGGAAAUCUCUUUCACGUCACCAAGCAUAUCAACUUUUCUUGGUAAAUUCAAUACCUUUCAUUGGUUUUGGAUUUCUUGAUAAUGCUAUCAUGCUCGUUGCUGGUGGAUAUAUUGACAAGACAAUAGGUACCUGGUUUGCGUUGUCUACAAUGGCCGCAGCAGCUCUUGGGAAUACCGUGUCAGAUGCUGCUGGUGUAGGCCUUGCACAUUAUGUUGGAAUUAUUGUAUCGAAAUGUGGCAUUAAACAUCCAGUACUUAACUCUGAACAGCUCGAAUCUUCCUUUGUUCGGGCAGUUGCGAAUCUCGGGCGUGGCAUCGGAUUAAUUGCUGGAUGUCUUAUUGGGAUGUUCCCUUUACUCUUCUUCGAUUCAACAAGCUCCAAAACUAAGUCGCAGAAUCCAACUGAUCAGAACGAUGGUAAAUGAGCAAUUAAUGUAGUGAUCAACUAGGCC